AUGUCUCCUAUCAACCAAAACUACGGUUUCGCCACCAAGGCCAUCCACGCCGGCUCUGCUGCCGAUGCUGUCACCGGUGCGGUGAUUCCAGCCAUCUCUCUCUCCACCACCUUCGCUCAGUCCGCGCCGGCUGUUCCUUUGGGCGUCUACGAGUACUCUCGUUCCGACAACCCAAACCGUAACAACUUGGAAACCUGCAUUGCGGCCUUGGAAAACGGUAAGCACUGUCUCGCCACCUCCUCCGGCUCCGCCUCCACCGCGCUUAUCCUCCACUCCUUGACCAAGGGCGACCACGUUAUCUCCAUCGGUGACGUCUACGGUGGUACUCACAGAUACUUCACCAAGGUGGCCAACACCCACGGUGUCGAAACCUCCUUCACCAACGACUUGUUCAACGAGUUCGAUUCUUUGGUCCGCCCGGAGACCAGAUUGGUCUGGAUUGAAACCCCAUCCAACCCAACCUUGUCCGUUACCGAUAUCGCCAAGGUUGCCGAAUUGGUCAAGGCCGUCAGAGCCACCGGCCAGGUCAUCCACUUGGUCGUCGACAACACCUUCUUGUCCCCAUACAUCUCCAACCCGUUGACCCUCGGUGCCGACAUUGUCGUCCACUCUGCCACCAAGUACAUCAACGGUCACUCCGACGUCGUUUUGGGGUUGAUCAUCGUUAACUCCGACGAGUUGGCUGCCAAGUUCCGCUUCUUGCAGAACGCCAUCGGAUGCAUUCCAUCCCCAUUCGACUCCUGGUUGGCCCACAGAGGUGUCAAGACCUUGCACUUGAGAGUUGAGCGCGCCUCCACCUCCGCCUUGAAGAUUGCUCGGGCGUUGGAAAAGAACGACAAGGUCAUAUCUGUCAACUACCCAGGCUUGGAGUCCCAUGCCAACCACAAAGUCACUCUCACCCAGCACCGCAACGGUCUCGGUGGUGGGAUGAUCUCCUUCAGACUCAAGGGUGGUGUCGCUGCCGUCAACGCGUUCUCCUCUGCCGCCAAGAUUUUCACCUUGGCCGAGUCUCUCGGUGGUAUCGAGUCCUUGUUGGAGGUCCCAGCCCAGAUGACCCACGCCGGUAUCCCACAGGAAGCCAGAGAGGCGUCCGGUGUGUACGACGACUUGGUCAGAUUGUCCGUUGGUAUUGAAGACGCCGAUGACUUGUUGAAGGAUGUCGAACAGGCUUUGGACAUUGCCACCGCCCUUUAA